UGCUCUAUAGAUGUUCCAAAUAUUCCCAACGUGGAUGGUCAAAAAAUGGUUUAUAGAUAGAUAAUCAAACGUUGCGUGGCGGUAAAAGAAAUUAUCAACUUUUAGUGUGAAUAUUUUCGUUAGAUAGACCGGUCGCGAUUAUUCAAAUAGUUCAUUUUCGUCUUCGCGUAAUUACGUACUUGACUAUUCAUCAUUGUAUAGAGCACUAUUCUAAAGUAAAAUCGAAAAAAAGUUGUUUUUUUGUGAUUAAAAAAUAAUUUAAAAUGAUGAUAACGUAUGGAAGUACAGUGAUCAUCGUGAUUCUACUGGUAUUUUUUUAUAAAAUCAAAAACAAUAGGGCAUAUCAACUCUUAAAACAGUUUCCUUCGUAUCCUUUAUACCGAUUGGUUGGCAGUGCACAUAUAUUACAAUGCUGGAAAGAUGGCUUACUGGUGACCUUGGAAAAAUUACUAUCGCCGCAUGAUCGAUUGUUAUUCUGGUUAGGUCCUAUGCCUAUUCUGAUUUUGAAGAAAUAUGACGAUAUUAUGACGGUAUUGAAUCAAAACCACGAUCGGUACACUUUGAAUCUCCUAGAAGAAUGGAUCGGAGUAGGCAUAUUAAAUGCUAAAUACGAAGAGUGGAAAAAAUCGAGAAAAAUGCUAUCGCCAGCUUUCAAUUCGGAGAUGCUUACAAAAUAUGCGGAUGUUUUCCAUAGGCAAGCCUCUAUCUUGGUUGACGAACUGAAAAUACCAGCGGAACGAGGGGAAAUUGUCGAUGUUUGGGAUUAUGUCAUGAACACGAACCUCAAUACUGUCUUAGCAAACACUUUGGGUGUUUCGAUACAAAAAACAGGAACAAAAAAUGCGAAAACUUACUGCGAUGCGAUACAUAAAGCAUUUGAAAAUUUAACCACUCGAGUAAUAUCGCCUUGGUUACAUCCACAUUUCAUUUUCACGGUAUAUUUGAAAUUAACUGGGAAGAUGAACACGGUCAAGAUCUUGAAUGAUUUACCAUCAGAAGCGAUAGAGAAGAAAUUCAACAGUCUUCGAAAUACGAGUACCACGCGAGAGUCAUCGUACGAUGAAGACGUUUGUUCCGCCUCAAUUGUGGAUUUACUGAUCGAGAAAAGCGCCAGAGAAACCAGUUUCACUAAAACACGUAUACGAGAUGAAGCACUGCAAAUAAUCGUCACGGGAUCUGAAACGACCGCUCUGAACGUAUGUUUUACACUACUCGCGUUAGCCAUACACCAAGAUAUACAGCAAAAAGUAUACGAAGAAAUAAUGCAAGUAAUGCCGCAAAACAACACCUUAGCGACAGAUGAUUGCAUCAAUGGUCUAAAAUAUCUGGAACAAUGCGUCAAAGAGACAUCCAGAAUAUACAGUCAAUCGGUAAUGGUUGUUCGACGUACCCACAAAGACUGCAUUUUAAAAGACAAUAAAAUCAUACCGAAGAAUACAUUUAUCAUAGCGGCUAUUCAUUUAGCUCAUUUCGAUCCUCGACUGUACGAAAACCCAUCAAUAUGGGAUCCCGAACAUUUCAGCGAUGAAGCUAUUGCUCUACGUCCAAAAGGAAGUGAACUAAUUUUUGGAUACGGUUCGAGAAUAUGUAUAGGAGCAAAAUACUCGAUCAUAUCAUCCAAAAUGCAACUCGCACAUAUCCUUCGAAAUUAUCACAUUUCGACCAAUAUAAAAGAAAUCACGAAGGAAAAUUUGAACGCUGAUUUGUGUCUGCGAAGUAAAAUCGGAUUUCCCAUCAAAUUCACAAGCAGAUAAAAGUGAUUGAUACUUUCAAUGGAAGAAAAAUUGCCAUAAAUAUUGUGAUAUUUCAUACUUUUGUAAUAAAAUAAUAAAGUCUCAACAUUAUAGAAA